GAGGAUGCACCAUUAAACUGAAUUCUAACAGCGUGCUCGCCAAAGACGAUUGACUGAUUCAACGGGGGACUCCAGGAACGACAUUUCAUCCGACAUGAGGAGUCUGCACUUACCUAGUAACGAUGACACGCAGCGUCUUGAACAGGCAUUCCAGCUCAUCUUUCAGAGCUCGCAAAGGGACUACUGCCAGCUGUGCAGGACCUUUCGGCCUCUGGGGGGGUUGCCGCAAGCAUGGAUGAUCAAAGGGGAUUCGGGAGCAGGCAAGACAUACCUUGGGGACGCGCUAUGCAAGAAAUAUGGAGUCCAGUAUACAGUGACUAUCACCAUAGGAGAAUUGGCGGUUAUGUAUCCAGGCGACAUGCUCAAGGGCCUUAAAACGUAUCUCGGAUCGAUAAAGUACCACGCCAAAUCUGUCGUGAUACUGGACAAUAUUGAACUCCUGUUCCCGCGAGAAGACGGCGAUUUCGCACUCGUGUAUGCAUUCCAAUCAUGGAUACAGGAUCUUGCUGAUCAAGAGAGCGUAUCGCAGAGCGUUUCAUCCGCAGAUGUGGCAAUGAACGAGAGAGUGAGCCCGCGCGUCAUGGUGCUAGGACUAACACAGGAUUCCCGUGGAUUGGACCCGUCGAUCGCUUCCUUGUUUGAUGACUCAAUCGAGCUAGAUAUACCCACGCCAAAGGAGCGAUACGUGAUCCUGAAGACGUGCAUGGUCAAUCACAAUAUGACCAUCGCCUCGGUCUCGCUACCAGUAGCAGGGUCAGAAGAAACAAAAAAGAAUACAGGAUCAAUAGAGAACCGUGAUCCAUUGGAGAUGGUGUCGAUGAAAUGUCACGGAUAUCUAGCUGCUGAUCUGGAUACCCUUUGUAUACAAGCAUCGGUUGUGGCGAACCGUCAUGGGCGCGGCAUGGACCAAUUGGCGGCUGAGGACUUUUUGGAGGCAAUGAAGUCUAUCAAAGUAUCGGCACUCAGACAGAGUGCGAGUGCACAAAAGGUGGACCCUGUGCGUUGGUCCGAUAUCGGAGGACUGGAGGAUGUCAAAAAAACCCUGGAGGAAUCAGUUAUCUGGUUGUACAAACAUGCGGAGGCGUAUACACGCAUGGGUAUCAGCCCCUCUAAAGGAGUUUUGCUAUACGGCCCUCCAGGAACAGGAAAAACACUUCUUGCAAAGGCCGUAGCGACAGAAUCCGAGGCCAAUUUUAUGGCCGUGCUGAUACCGGACCUCAUCAAAGGCGAGGUUGGAGAAUCCGAAAAGGCGAUCGCAAAGGUGUUCAGGAUGGCGACGAGAUGCAGUCCCUGCAUCGUGUUUUUAGACGAACUUGAGGCCAUUUUUGGAACCAGGGAAUCAAGUGGAGGACUCGGAAAGCAGCUCAUCUCGCAGCUACUUUUGGAGAUGGAUAAUUGCGGAGAGGGGGUCGUGAUUUUGGCUGCAACGAAUCACCCAGAGGCCAUCGACGCCUCUAUAUUGCGACCAGGUCGCCUGGACAGACUGGUAUACGUGCCUCCACCAACAUUCGAUGAGCGCGUGGCCAUUCUACAGAUUUUGAAAGGAAUGACGCAGAUUUCGAACAAUGUUGACUUGCGGACCGUGAGCAACUUGUCGAACAAUUUCACGGGAGCGGACAUGAAAGCCCUUGUUCGUAAAGCCGGUCUCUUUGCACUCAAGGCCAACAGGACUAGCAUUGAGGCGCAGGAUUUCUUUGCAGCAGCGUCUGAAGUACAGCCAUCUGUCAGCCAAUUUGGUCUUCUUCGGUACCAGCAGUUCCAUCGGUAGACCAUCAGCAGAACCGUUUAAUAAAACAAUCAUUAUCGGGUCUUUAACCACGUUUCCAGAGCAGAU